GUGAAAGCAUUUGCAGCCUACUUCGCGACUAGCAGCAGCUGAGUGGUAGACGUCAGACGAGUAGUCGACAGUAAGGCAUCAUGGCGAUCGGUUAGGGUGUAUAUUGCUCGAAAAAUUUACUGUGAUCUCGUACACGAUUUCUAUCGUGAAUUAAUUGCACCGAAUUUCUCCUCGGACGACCGCACAUCGAUUUUUUGUUGUAUAAUAACGUCCAAACGCGAAUGGCAUAAUGGUGAAGUUGACCGAAGAGAUGGUCGUGGCUCGCACGCGAGUGUCAGACUUUUCCGCCGUAAAAAAACUCAAUUGCUGGGGAACAGAAUUAACAGAUGUCAGUAUCUUAAGAAAAAUGAAGAACGUGGAAGUAUUAUCAUUGAGCAUAAAUAAUAUUAAUACACUUGCUGAUUUUCAAUACUGCCACAAACUUCAAGAUUUAUUUAUAAGACGAAAUAAUAUCAAAGAUUUAAAUGAAAUUUGCUAUCUUCAAGGAUUACCUAAUUUACGAAAUUUGUGGCUCGGUGAAAAUCCAUGUGCAGAAAGGGAAGGAUAUCGAUUGUCUGUACUUCGAGCUUUGCCAAAUCUUGAGAAAUUAGAUGAUAAAGUAGUAUCACCCGAAGAAGUGCAAACUGCAAUGACAAUAGGUCGACCUUUAACACAUCCUCUUGAAAUAGAUGCUUCUCCACAAUCGGAUGUAGUAAGCCCAGAGGAUAUUACAAUUGAAUACAUUGAAGAAAAUGAAUUGGGACGAUCUAGGAGGUACAGUUCUUCUAGUGAUCAGAGAAGCUUUGACGAAACGCAACAUACGCAUGAAGAAUAUGAUCCUGAUAGAAGAAAUGCAAAUUAUAAUGCGUCAUCGUCACAUCAUUACUCACAAAAUAAUCAAUAUGCAUAUGAGCUACAAAAUGGACAAUCAAAGAGUCAGAGCAAAGAUGACACUUUGUGUGCAGAGUCACGAAGCAACAAUGAGACUGUGACCACUAACACUCUUGAAAAAUCCAAGGAUUACGAUGAACGUCCAGUAGUACAUCGACAUAAUGGAGAUUACGACGAAAGACGAGCAUAUUCUGAAUAUAGCGGAAAUGAAGGAUCUCAGCGUAUGUAUACAUCAACACCGCAACGUACGCAAUAUGCUGUCAAUGAAUUUGCAGAUGACAAACGUAAUGACAGAAAUAACUAUAAUUAUGAUGAAAGAUCAAGAUUAGAAUAUGAAGAUUUGCCACAACCACCUCUGACACCUCAAACAAGAAGAAUGAUGGUUCAUCAUAAUGAAAAAGAAGACCCAAAUCAAAUGCAGGGUUGGAUAAGACAUUCUGAAAAAGACAAAUGCAGAAAUCAAUUUCACUAUCACAGACGGCCGGUAACAAGAAAUUCAAAUAUAUUGUCUGCUGUAUUAUGCUUGGUUAAAGAAUUGGAUUAUCCAAGUCUGGAAGUAGUAGAAAUGGCUGUUAGAAAUCGAAUGGAUGAACUAGAAGAAUGAUGUUUCUGACACCGUCCCCAA